AGACAUACCGCCCACCAUGUCUAACCCACGCAUCGAAGAGCUCCCAGACGAUGAACCCACCAAGAACGUCACCGCUGAGGACGAGGGAUCCGAAAGCUCUGACUCCGAUGUCGAGGCCGGCGAAGGUGGCAUUCCAGCAGGAGGAGCAAUUGUUCACUCUCGCAAUGAAAAGAAGGCGCGCAAGUCAAUCAUGAAGCUCGGGCUCCAGAAGGUUCCUGGUAUCACCAGAGUUACUCUGAGAAGACCAAAGAACAUCCUCUUCGUGAUCAACAACCCCGAGGUUUACAAGUCUCCCUCAAGCAAUACCUACAUCGUAUUCGGUGAGGCUAAGAUUGAGGACUUGAACUCUCAAGCACAAGCUUCCGCUGCUCAGCAACUUGCCGCUCAAGAGGCUCACGACCACGCCGGACACGAUCACUCUGGGCAUGACCACUCUGGCCACGACCACGGCAAGGGCAAGGCUAUCGAUACUGGUGAUGACAAGAAGGACGAGGACGAGGACGACGGAGAAGAGGUUGACGCUUCUGGUUUGGAGGACAAGGACAUCGAGCUGGUUAUGACACAAGCUAGCGUUUCUCGCAACAAGGCUAUCAAGGCUCUCAAGGAGAACGAUAACGAUAUAGUCAACUCUAUUAUGGCUCUGAGCAUAUAGAGUCUAUAGUGGUGGUCUUGCAUGGCAAUGCUGGACUGGCUGGAGGGGUUGUCGACAAAUUCAGACGCUGAUACUGCAUCCAAAAAGCAAUGUAUUCUGAAAUGCAAAGAUUGGACUUGCAAUCCAAAAAUCUCUGGACCUCUAUGUAUGUGAAGUACUUGUUUUUGUGAUGUUCUGGGGGCA